AUGAAUCAUUGUGAGGCUGCACACGACUUGUUUAUGCAGACGGUAAGAGAUAUGAAAAUUGAUGUUGCCCUCUUAUCAAAACCUUACAAACACCUAACUGAUUGGCCAUGGGAAACGGACAGUACCACCAAAGCCAUUAUUUGGUCCUGUGGCAAAUUUUGUUUCCAAAAUGUUGUUAACAAUAGCAACGCUGGAUUUGUCGCAGCAUCAUUAGAUGGCAUACAUUUAUACAGCUGUUACGCUCCACCUAGUCUUUCUUUGCCAGAUUUUGUCGAUUUUUUAGAUCGUCUUGUGGAGGAUGCAAAACGACACCACCCCGUAGCGAUAGCCGGUGACUUUAACGCAUGGGCGGUAGACUGGGGAAGUAGGAAGACUAAUGCAAGAGGUAAAGCACUUUUGGAGGCCUUCAAUGCACUUGACGUGGUUUUACUUAAUAGUGGUGAUAAACCAACCUUUGAAAAGGGCAGUGCAAGCUCAAUAAUAGACCUUACUUUUGUUAGCAAUAGCCUCGUCAGAGGAAUUUGCAAUUGGGAGGUAUUAGAUAUCUACACUGCUAGUGACCACAAUGCAAUCAUCUGGGAAAUAUCAACAAAUAGAAACAUUAAACACGCAGAGGAGCAUACUAGAGAGCUGAUGGAGAGAAUAACCGAAACCUGUGAUAUCAGUAUGACUCGUGAACAUGGCAUAGAUCAAAGACAAUCUGUGCACUGGUGGACUGAAGAAAUCAGCUCUCUUCGUAAAGAGUGCCUAAAGAAAAGAAGGAUCUCUCAGCGUGGAUAUAGUCUCAGUAAUUCUGCACAACUGGUAGUGGAAUAUAAACAAGCACGUAGACAACUAAAUAAAGCUAUCAAAGAUAGUAAAGUUAGGUGCUGGAAAGAACUUUUGGAUGAAGUCGAGGAAAAUCCAUGGGGAAGACCUUAUAAGACUGUAAUGUCUCGCCUCAAAAGCCAGCCAGUACCUUCACCAACUUGCCCACGACUAUUGAAUAAAAAAGUAACUACUUUGUUUCCACGACAACCUAAUUUGAACUACCAGGUAACACAUGUAGAACAGAAUAAUAUUCCACUUAUAACACUGCAAGAACUGAUGGAAGCUUGUCAUCGCGUUGCAGUGAUAGCAUCUAAAAUUAAUUGUAGGGGGACGUUUGUGAAUAGGGAUACUACGUCAAGACUAACCAAUAAGGAGUUAUCAGGAAUAACGGAAUCGCGGAGAUUGUUGACAAGUUCAAAGGAGUUUUUUGUAAAGAAACGAGACUUGACUGUGACUGAAGAGAGUAUGUUGCUUAGGUAUUUGGAGAAUUUUGAAAGAGAUUUUAUAUAA